UCGUAAUCACUUGCAUAAAAGUGGGCGUGCCGAAAUUAAUUUCAAACAACAUAACUUACUAACAUAACUCCAAACCUUUAACAUCUUUUGGUUUGUGUCGUUUGGAUUUUCGGUUGAUAACAGUUAUCUUAAUUAUUACAACAUUGCAGCGAAAACCAGGCAUGAAAAAUGAGCACAGUCAGGAGAGUCGAAAUCAACAGUGACGUUUACUGGAUGUGCAAGGAUCAUGCACUUUCCACCGAGAGAGAAGAAAUCAUGGGCCUUCUGUUGGGAGACAAAAACGAAGACAAUGUGAUUGAAAUUUCCGCCAUCAAGAUGCUCAAACGCUCGGAUAAGAGAAAAGACCGAGUGGAAAUUUCUACUGAUCAGUUGGUGGCUGCGGCUGUGGAGGCCGAGGACCUGAGCAAGGAACUGGGCAGGGUCGUCAGGGUGGUUGGCUGGUACCAUUCUCACCCUCACAUCACAGUUUUGCCAUCUGCUGUUGAUAUCAGGACCCAAGCAGCUUAUCAGGGAAUGGAGGCCUCGUUUGUUGGGUUGAUCUUUUCCGUGUUUCCUGGCCAAGGGAGAGAAAACAAGACUCAACAACUGAAAAUCAUUUGCUUCCAAAGUAGGGGUGACCCUCCAACAGAAAGAGUUGAGGUUAAACUGGAAAUAGUACCAAAGCACGGAGUGCAGGAAAUCUUUGCCAAGUCUGUCCUGGGUUUACCAAACAUUCUUUUCGGAGAAGAAACGGAGCAUUACAAAAAACACUGUACUUCUGAGUCGCUCAGUCUUCUCUCCAAACACCAAAAUGAGUCUGUGUUCACCUCCUCUAUUUACCACAUGAUGUCUGUGAUUGAGGCUCCGACCAUUGAGACAAUUGUGGAGCGAAACCAGAUUUUGCAGCAUCAGAUCAACUACAUGAAGGACAGGGAAAAGUGUUUGCGGCAAGACAACAAAGGCGUCCUGAAGAAUCUGAAAGCUAAAAUGUCAUCAACCAAAGACUGAAAGGUAUCAAGGACCAAAUACUAGCCUUAAAUAAUUUAUCACAAUUGAUUCCAAAUCAAAAGAUCUUCAAUAGUUUGAAUUUUGAAUAAAUUAAAAGCAAGUCUAAUUAAGAAACAAAAUAGGAUUUAUUAAACAAAGUAAUUGUACAAGGUAACUUAUCACCGAGUCUUACAAAAAAACAAAAGGCACAACUUCAUUUUGCAAUCGACAGCAGUACAUCUAGGUUUAAGUCUUGGUUCACUUUGAAGGGACAUGACUGGUUCCCUGUAUUGGCAAUUUUGGGCAAGGCUGAUUUCUUAUUCAAUCACAUGGCAAUUGUUUGAGCUACCAAAAUUUGUGAUCCCUCUUAAAAACUAACUUAAAAGUAGUCGCAUUUAUACGCAUCCAAAAAUUAUAAACAACCAUCUACACUUUGAACUUCUUGUCCAAAAUAUCUUGGUAAACUUCUCGAGUCAGCCGUUUGAACUGGCCCGUUUUUUGGUCUAUAUAGUACAUGGGGUCUUUCACGAUGUCCAUGUUGUAGGCUUCUUUUUGGAGGUCGACUUUCUUCAGUUUGAAAGUGCCUGAAAACAAUUUCAUUGAGUUUACACUUAGAUCGAUUUUGCUUAUGUAUUUACCUGUCAUUGGCAGUUCUUUAAGGACUCUUAAAAAUAUUGGUCGGGCAUAGGAUGGCAAAUUUGACUUAAUUCCAGCGGCCAGUUUGGCCAAAUCUUCCUCAGUUGUGAUCCCAACUAUCGAAGCCAUUCCCGCACGACCCUCAGCCCCGGGAAUCUGAAAAUUUUGCAUUUAAUUUAUUUAAAAACAAUUAAUCACAAAUAUACUUGGACUCCGUAAACGACGGCGUCGUUUAGCCCAGCAACAUUGCUGAUAACAGCCUCCACCUCGGAAGUGGCAACAUUUUCACCUUUCCACCUAUUUUAUAUUAAUGAAAUUAACUGAUAUGGAGCAAUUAAGUUUUAAUACCUGAAGGUGUCUCCUGUUCUAUCCCUAAAGUAGAAAUAGCCAAACUCGUCCAUUUCCAGAAUGUCCCCUGAAUUGAAAUAGGCGUCGCCUUUCUCAAAAACAUUUGUGACAAUUUUUUUCUCGGAAGCUUUUUGGUCCGCAUAUCCGUGGAAAUCAUUCACUGCUCUCUUCUUGUUGAUUUUCCCAACAAAGACACCAGCUUCUCCUAAAAAAACGAUAGAAAAAUCAAUUCAGAAAAAGUAAAAAUUUUCUUAUCCCCAUACCAAUUUUGCAUCUGAUGCAGAGUCCAUUAGGGCCCCUGAUCGGUUCUCCUGUUUCUUCAUCAACUUUGACGAGAGCAAGCGGGUAGAUCUUACCAGCAUAUCGAGGAACAAAUCCAACUGCCCCCACCGUAUUGUCAAAGUUAACUAGAAGAUUUUUUAUUUUACUUAAAUUAUUUUGGAUUAAUUUAUUAAAAUUACCAAUAUUAGAGUUUCCUUCGGUGGCUCCGUAAAACUCCCCGAUUUCUUUAAUUCCAAAUCUGUCGACAAACUUAGUCCAAAUUUGAGGUCGGAGGCCGUUGCCAAACAUGAUUCGGACGGAGUGUGCCCUGUCUUCCGGUUUUACAGGGGCUGAAAGCAAGUAUCGACAGGUCUCUCCAAUGUACUGAGCCGCCUAUCUCACCGGAAGUCACAAAGUUUAAAUUUCCUGUCUGGCUCUAAAUUUCAUUUUUCACUCACUGUGCACUUGUAUUUAAUGCAGUCAGUCCAGAAAUUAGUGACCGAGAAUUUCUUCCUUAUCGCCAUGGAGGCUCCGCACAAAACGACGCUGCCUAUUCCAAGCAUUCCGCCGGCUGUGUGAUAGAGGGGCAGUGGCGUGUAAAUGCAGUCGUUUUCCCUCACCCGCAACAUGAUGUUAACGCCCGUCGACAUGAACA